GGGUCUUACGAUCUCCUUUAGAAGGCCAAAAAGUCUUCCUAAGCUUUAUGAAAUUCUUCAGGGGAGCAGGAAAAGGUCUUUUGCAGCCAGCUUGAUACCCUAUUUUUAUCAAGUGGAGGAGAGCGAACUCAACAUGCUCAGGGACUAAUCAUUUGUAAAACCAGAAACCAAAGUUAAAUUGAAUUGUACAAAUGACAUCAAAAAGGGAGAAGAGACGUUUUACAGAAGUGGAGUGAAAGAGGGCAAAAACAUUAUGCCUGGAAAUUGAUCAGGAUUUGUACAUGGCCUAGAAUGAACUACAAGAAGGAAAACCAUCUAGAAGUUUAUAUGUAAUAUAAAAUGUGGUAUCAUGAGUUGGAAUGAGUGAAAAGAAGAAUCAAUAGGAUUUCAUAAUUCAGUGAAAGGCAAAAAGGGUGAAAAGGGAACAGUGACAUCAUCUCUUUUAAGCUUCUGACAUGCUAGAGCCACACUGUCUUCCAUGGGACUUCCUUUGUGUACAGCUUCCAUUUAAAAGACUUGUAUGAACACGCUGUUUCAACCAAGUCCCCAAAGAAGACAUUCAUCUUCUGAACUACUGGCAGAUUUACGGAAGCUACUAGAAAAUGUGCUCUACAAAAAUGAGGGUGUAAACCGAGAAAGAGGAAACCAUGGGCUCCAGGAAACGGGGGAUCCAACACAGGAGAGAGGCACGGGGAUUUCGCAAGAUGGUGUUAAAAAGAAGUCCCAGGACAACAGAAUCCGAUGAUCUCCGAGGGGACCCUGCACUCAGCCAUCAAAGCACUCCUGCUCCCCAAGAUGCUCUCAAUUCAAUGGUAGAUGUGUGUGGAGCUGAGAGUAUCACUUCGUGUCCCCAGGAGCUUCCUCAGAUGAUGGCUGCAGCAGCUGAUGGUUUGGGAAGUAUAGCAAUAGACACAACCCAGCUCAACAUGGCCGUGACAGAUCCCACAGCCUGGGCAACAGCCAUGAAUAACCUGGGCAUGGUUCCCGUGGGGUUGCCUGGACAGCAGCUUGUGUCUGACUCAAUCUGUGUCCCAGGGUUUGAUCCAAACCUCAACAUGAUGACUGGAAUCACUCCCAUUAACCCAAUGAUACCUGGUCUGGGAUUGGUACCACCCCCACCACCAACAGAAGUGGCUGUGGUCAAAGAAAUCAUCCACUGCAAAAGCUGUACUCUUUUUCCUCAAAAUCCAAAUCUUCCGCCUCCUUCCACAAGAGAACGACCUCCUGGGUGUAAGACUGUGUUUGUUGGAGGAUUACCAGAAAAUGCUACUGAAGAAAUUAUUCAAGAAGUCUUUGAGCAGUGUGGUGAUAUUACAGCGAUUCGGAAAAGCAAGAAGAAUUUUUGUCACAUUCGCUUUGCUGAGGAAUUCAUGGUUGAUAAAGCCAUUUACCUUUCUGGUUACAGGAUGAGGCUGGGGUCUAGCACAGACAAAAAGGAUUCAGGCCGCCUUCACGUGGACUUUGCCCAGGCCAGGGACGACUUCUAUGAGUGGGAAUGCAAGCAGAGGAUGCGUGCCCGUGAGGAGCGGCACCGGCGCAAACUGGAGGAAGACCGGCUGCGGCCCCCCUCCCCGCCGGCCAUAAUGCACUACUCUGAGCAUGAAGCCGCUCUGCUGGCUGAGAAGCUGAAAGAUGAUAGCAAGUUUUCAGAGGCUAUCACAGUGCUACUUUCCUGGAUCGAACGGGGAGAAGUGAAUCGGCGUUCUGCAAACCAGUUUUAUUCCAUGGUGCAGUCAGCCAACAGCCACGUCCGCCGGCUCAUGAAUGAAAAAGCCACCCAUGAGCAAGAGAUGGAGGAAGCCAAGGAGAACUUUAAAAAUGCCUUAACCGGGAUCCUCACUCAAUUUGAGCAGAUUGUGGCCGUUUUCAACGCUUCUACCAGACAAAAAGCUUGGGACCAUUUCUCGAAAGCUCAGCGCAAGAACAUAGACAUUUGGCGAAAGCAUUCUGAGGAGCUCCGGAAUGCUCAAAGUGAGCAGCUCAUGGGCAUCCGCCGAGAAGAAGAAAUGGAAAUGUCGGAUGAUGAGAACUGUGACAGCCCUACUAAAAAAAUGAGAGUCGAUGAAUCAGCCCUGGCUGCUCAGGCCUAUGCUCUUAAAGAGGAGAAUGACAGUCUCCGCUGGCAGCUGGAUGCCUACAGGAACGAGGUGGAGCUACUAAAACAAGAGAAAGAACAGCUCUUUCGAACAGAAGAAAACCUCACCAAAGACCAGCAGCUACAGUUCCUUCAGCAAACCAUGCAAGGCAUGCAGCAGCAAUUGCUAACCAUCCAAGAGGAGUUAAACAACAAAAAGUCAGAACUGGAACAAGCACAGGGAGAACAGUCACACACACAAGCAUUACUAAAAGUCCUCCAGGAACAAUUAAAAGGUACCAAGGAAUUGGUGGAGACCAAUGGCCACAGCCAUGAGGAUGCAAAUGAAAUCAACGUGUUGACAGUUGCCUUGGUCAACCAAGAUCGAGAGAACAAUAUUGAGAAAAGAAGCCAAGGCUUAAAAUCAGAGAAAGAAGCUCUGCUAAUAGGCAUCAUAUCAACGUUUCUUCAUGUCCAUCCUUUCGGAGCCAAUAUAGAAUAUCUUUGGUCAUACAUGCAGCAGCUGGACUCCAAGAUAUCUGCAAACGAAAUCGAAAUGCUUCUGAUGAGGCUGCCACGCAUGUUCAAACAGGAAUUCACAGGUGUAGGAGCCACGCUAGAAAAAAGAUGGAAGUUGUGUGCCUUUGAAGGAAUUAAAACUACCUAACUGUGAAGAAAGGGGGAAAAAAACCCUCUGGAAAUGAGACCGUCUGCACCCGGCCAGAGCUCUGCAGUGUGGGAGCAGGAAGUUUGGGGUUGGUCCAGUCGGAACCCUGGUGGAGCCAUCAAAGCCUGACUGUAGUUACAAAUCUGUGGUGUUCUCUUGUGAGUGGAAAUGUGAUUGUGAACCAGUUCCUUAAGAUAAGCAAAGCUUCCUACUGUGACAGAUCUGUUUCCUAUGAAAACCAGACAAGAACUCCACAGUCAUAAUGGCAGCAAAAGCUUAAAAUACACUACAUUUGAGAAGCUCACCAAGCAAAAUAUUUAAAGCUAAGGAUGGCAUAGCAAUGGUUGUUGCUAGGCUAUAGAGUUGUGUAUGUAAUGUAUAGCUAACAUCAUUAAAUAACAUUUUCCUGAAAAUCUUCUGUUUUAGUAAAAAAAAAAAAAAAGAGAGAGAGAGAGAGAAAAGGAAAGAAAAAAGAAAAAAAAUUCAACACACAGUAAUUUUACAAUGAGGAUAAAUCAUACCAAAAGGAAACUUGAAUAUGUGUCUGAAUGGUUAUUGUAUUUUGUAAAUUACGUUAUAUGCUGUUCCAGGGACUUUUGCCUUAUUGAAGAGGCAGAAAAAAUGAUUGGACUCCUUGAGAAUGCUUUAUCAAGAAUAUUAUUUUUCUAAUGUAACAAUUCUCCAUCAUAAGUUCUUUUACCAUGGACUGCAUAACAAUUUUCAUAAAAUGUAAAUAAAGGAAAAACUAGUGCUACUGUCUUGUACUUGGUAUGAAACAUUCAGGUUUAUGCAUCAAAAUAAACAUUCAGUAAAUAUUCCUGUUACAAAUUUUAUAGCAAAGAUAUUAAUUUUUUUCAAUAAAUAUGACUUCUACCAUA